AACAUGAAAAUCAGGCGUGGGUUCAAGAUGCUUGCUUUCUCUGCAGAUGAGGCUGCAGGUUAAUUAACUGUUAGAAGUGUUCUUGUAGAUUAAUUUAAGCCUGUGAUUACAAUUGCAUACUAGUUUUGGCUGGGAUAGAGUUAAUUUUCUUCAUAGUAGCUUGUAUGGGUCUGUGUUUUGGAUUUGUGAUGAAAACAGUGUUGGUAACACAGGGAUGUCUUAGCUACUCCUGCGCAGUGCUUGCACAGUGCUAAGGGCUGUUCUGCUCCUCACUGUGCUCGGCCAGUGAACAGGCUGGGGGUGCAUAAAGAGUUGGGAGGGGACACAGCUGGGACAGCUGACCCAAACUGACCCAAGGGAUUUUCCAGACCGUAUGACGUCAUGCUUAGCAAUAAAACUGGGGGCCGCAGCCGGUGGAGGUUGGGAGAGGGGCUGCUGUUCAGGGACUGCCGGGGCAUCAGUCGGUUGGUGGGAAGGAGAACUGAGAUAUACUGCAGUAAGAAAAACAGUAUGAUGGAUUCAGAAGGUUCUGCCCCAACGAAUUCAAAGGAAUAUCUGAGCAAUGACAUAACGGCUACCUCUGGUAAACAUUAUCUUUGUGGCUACUGUGCGGCCUUCACAAAUAUAGCAGUCACUUUUCCUAUCCAGAAGGUCCUCUUUCGACAGCAGUUGUACGGUUUGAAAACAAAAGAUGCAGUACAUCAGCUGCAGAAGGACGGAAUUCGAAAUCUCUAUCGUGGCAUUCUUCCCCCAUUAAUGCAGAAAACGACAACGUUGGCUCUAAUGUUUGGCUUGUAUGAAGAUUUCUCCUCCCUGCUCCAUAGCCACACAAGUGCUCCUGAACUCCUCACUCGCAGCAUGGCAGCAGUGCUUGCAGGGACCACAGAAGCUAUUCUUACACCUUUUGAGCGAGUUCAGACUUUGCUUCAGGACUACAAACACCACGAUAAAUUUACAAACACUUACCAGGCUUUCAAGGUACUCAAAGUCUAUGGGAUGAGAGAAUAUUACCGGGGAUUGGUGCCUAUUCUGCUCCGAAAUGGACCCAGCAAUGCACUCUUCUUUGGCCUACGGGGACCUAUCAAACAGUGUCUGCCUGAAGCAACUUCCUACAGCACUCAUUUGGUCAAUGACUUUAUCUGUGGAGGGCUGUUGGGUGCCAUGCUAGGAUUCUUGUUUUUCCCAGUGAAUGUUGUAAAAACUCGCAUGCAAGCUCAAAUUGGUGGUGAAUUUCAAUCCUUCUCAAAAGUUUUCAUGAAGAUCUGGCUGGAACGUGAUAGAAAACUGAUCCACCUUUUCAGAGGAGCCCAUCUGAAUUACCAUCGUUCUGUCCUGUCCUGGGGCAUAAUCAAUGCAACCUACGAAUUCUUGCUAAAGGUGUUAUGAAAACCACUAUCUUCCUUCGGCUCGUCUGUUCAUUUGAGUAUUGGCAUGUAUGAUGUCACUUAAUCCCAGGGAACAGUGCCUGCGUAAUGUGAAAGGUAAUUAGUCUUGGCCUUCAAUAUUUAUGGGGUGAAUGGUGAUGCAUCUAAACCUUUGUGCAAUUAAGAUGACCUUCUUGAAGUAUUUUUGCUGGGAAGUGAGUUUACCCAUAAUAGAGCUACUAGACAAACACAAGGUUUAAAAAAAACAAAACAAAAAAACCCAACA